UGGGGUUACUGGAGGGACGCGAGUUCGAGUUCGGCGUUGACCGAAACCCUAGGGGUCUGUGCUCUAAGAGUGUUCGGAGCGCGUCUCGGGGUCUCCCUACCCAGACCACCAGGACCCCCAUUUCCAGAAGAAUGGCCCAGAUGUCUCAAGUGCAGGAACUCUUCCACGAGGCAGCCCAGCAGGAGGCCCUGGCCCAGCCCCAACCCUGGUGGAAGAUCCAGCUGUUCGUAUGGGAGCCAGUGCUGUUCGGGACCUGGGACGGUGUGUUCACCUCCUGCAUGAUCAACAUUUUUGGGGUUGUCCUUUUCUUAAGGACCGGCUGGCUGGUGGGAAACACAGGCGUGCUUGCAGGCGUGUUUCUGGUGUCCUUCGUCGCCCUGGUGGCCCUGGUCACUGUGCUGUCCGGCAUCGGGGUUGGGGAGCACUGUGGCUUGGGCAGCGGCGGCGUGUACUCCAUGAUCACCGCGGUCCUUGGCGGGCAGACGGGAGGCACCAUCGGGCUGCUGUAUGUGUUUGGACAGUGUGUUGCAGGUGCCAUGUACAUCACCGGCUUCGCUGAAUCCGUGUCAGAUCUGCUGAGUCUCAGGAAUAUCUGGGCCGUGCGAGGAAUAUCAGUUGCCGUGCUUCUGGCCUUGCUGGGGAUUAACCUAGCAGGUGUCAAAUGGAUAAUCCGCCUCCAGCUGCUGCUGCUGCUCCUGCUUGCCGUGUCCACCCUGGACUUUGUGGUGGGCUCUUUCACGCACCUGGACCCAGAUCAUGGUUUUAUUGGAUAUUCACCAGAACUGCUACAGAACAACACUCUGCCAGAUUACAGUCCUGGAGAGUCCUUUUUCACCGUCUUCGGGGUGUUCUUCCCUGCAGCUACAGGAGUCAUGGCCGGCUUCAACAUGGGGGGCGACCUCAGGGAGCCUGCUGCCAGCAUCCCCCUGGGCUCCCUAGUAGCCGUUGGCAUCUCGUGGUUUCUGUACAUCGUCUUUGUCUUCCUGCUUGGCGCCAUCUGCACCCGAGAGGCCCUUCGCUAUGACUUCCUGAUUGCGGAAAAGGUGUCCCUAGUGGGUGUCCUGUUCCUUUUGGGCUUGUACAUCUCUUCCCUGGCCUCCUGUAUGGGAGGCCUCUAUGGAGCCCCCCGGAUCCUGCAAUGCAUCGCCCAGGAGAAAGUGAUCCCCGCGCUGGCCUGUUUGGGGCAAGGGAAAGGGCCAAAUAAAGCGCCUGUAGCUGCCAUCUGCCUGACCAGCUUGGUGACCAUGGCCUUUGUCCUCGUGGGUCAGGUGAACGUCCUGGCCCCCAUCGUCACCAUCAACUUCCUGCUGACAUACAUCACAGUGGACUACUCUUACUUCUCCCUGUGCAUGGGUGCCUGCAGCCUCCCAGAGGGGCCUGAGUCGGUACCCGGGGAGGGCCUGGGUGCUCUCCACUGCUCUGAGCCCCUGCUUCUGGAGAAGGCUCCCAGUUAUGGCUCCGAGGGCAUUGCCCAGAGCCCCGCUGAAGGCACUCUGCUAGAAUUCACCAAGGACAUGGAUCAUCUCCUCCAGCUAACCAGGAAGCUUGAGAGUAGCCAGCCCAGGGGAGGAGAGAGCCAUGGGAUCCUAGAGAAUCAGAAGGGGAAGACCAAGAAGGCCAGCAAGCAAACCCUUCAAGAGAGCUUCCUUUUGGACCUCAAGUCCCCUGCUUCCUUCCCUCCUGGGGACGCUGAUGGAUGGCCUACUGCCUCCUGGGAGGGGCAGGGGCCCUACGGGAACACACAGAGUCCCAGAAGUGAAGGGGAUCAGCCUAGGGGAGUCUAUGGAGCAAAACUCAUCCCUGAGCCAAGUAACCAGCCCAGGCCAAGCAGAGAAGAUUUCUUCCUUAAGUCCAGACUACAGGAACAUGAUUUCCAGAGGAGACCAACUUCUUUCUACACUCACAUAUGCAAUCCCUGGGUCUCCCUGUUGGGGGCUAUUGGGUCCCUUCUCAUCAUGUUUGUGAUCCAGUGGGUCUAUACCCUGGUUAACAUAGGUGUUGCUGCCAUUGUAUAUUUCUACAUUGGUCGGACAAGUCCCGGACUUCACCUUGGUUUAGCCUCCAACUUCAGCCUUUUAAGAUGGAUGAGAUCCCUUCUGAUCCCCUCCUACAGGAGCUUGCGAUCCCCCCAAGAGCAGAUAAUUUUGGCACCGUCCCUGACUAGGGUUGACAUGGAGAUGACUCAGCUCACCCAGGAGAACACAGACUUCGCCACCCGGGAUCGCUACCACCACUCCUCCCUCGUGAGCCGGGAAGAGCUGAUGCCUCAGUACUAGGUACCGAGUCCUCAAGUACUAGGCAGCCCAGAACCCUCCCCUUCUGGAGCUGUCCAGGGUGCAGUGGACCCAAUUUCCAGAACCUCUGUGGAGCUGGUUCUCCUCUGUAAGGAACUCAAAGACCUGUCCUCCCCCUGCCGUCUUGGACAAUGGAAAUGAGCAUUCUGGUCUGGAGCACCACGUCUAACCAGGUACCCACUGCAGUGGCGGUGGCCCCUGCAACAUGCGCCCAGUCUGAAGAGCGCCACAUGGACACCAAGACUUGCAGGUGUGGAGAACCAGGCCAGAUUGCUUGUUCUCAGGGCCACAAUAAAUGAUUAUUUUAAGUUUUAUUAUUUAUUCCUUGAAUAAAUAAUAUGUUUACAUGGUUCCAAACCCCAAAGUGAAAUCAUAUAUACCGUGAAAAGUCUCCCUCCCAUUCUUGUUUCUCAUCUGCUCAGUUCCCAUCUCCUGCAUCAGAGAUAACUACUGUUCUCAGGUACACUCACUACCUGCAUUUCGUUAUGAAUAGACAACAAAUAGGAGUGUGGAGUUUUAUUGCUCCCUUUUCUCCCACAAAAGGUAGCAUAUUAUACAUGUGCUCUGCACCUUGCCUUUCCCCUUAACAAUCUAUCUUGGAGACAUUUCCAUAUCAAUACAUACACAGUUUCCUUAUUAUUUUUCAUUGUAUAAAUGUGCUAUAAUUUAUUUCAUCAGUUCUACAGUGAUGGCAUUUGGAUUGUUUCCAGUCUUUUGCUAUUACAGUCAGUUCUGCAGGGAAUGAUCAUGUUCAUAUGUAUAAGCAUAAUGAAUAUCUGUAGGAUAAACUCCCAAAAGUGGAAUUGCAAGAUC